CCGCCCCCACUCUCAGCUGAGGGGCCCCUUGACUUUCUUCGGGGUUCCCCUUCCCCGCUUCCCUCUGGCCCAACCACUCGCGUCCUGUGGCAGCCCGGCCAGAGAAGGAAGCAGAGUCCGGGCUCCCUGUAACCUGCCAGGGUGUGAAGCAAGGCUUUCCCCGCCCUGAGGCCCCAGCAUAAAAGGCAGCCCCGGGCACCCCUGCGCUCCUAGCCGACCCUGUGCGCCCUGCUCGCCAUGUCCCGGCUCUGCGCGCUGCUCGCCUGGGCCCUGCUCGCCCUCCAGGGACUCGGGAAGGAGGCGACAGAAGACGAGGCCUGCUGCGGCCCCAUUGUGCCCCGGAGAGAGUGGAGGGCCCUGGCGUCCGAGUGCGCCCAGGAAUUGAAACUGCCGGCGCGCUACGUGGUGGUGUCGCACACGGCGGGCAGUCACUGCGACACCCCCGCCUUGUGCCUGCAGCAAGCGCAGAACGUGCAGCACUACCACGCGCGGACACUGGGCUUCUGCGACGUGGGCUACAACUUCCUGAUUGGAGAAGACGGGCUCGUGUAUGAGGGCCGGGGCUGGAAGAUCAAGGGUGACCACAGCGGUCCCACCUGGAACCCCAGAGCCAUCGGCAUCACCUUCAUGGGCAACUUCAUGGAGCGGUCGCCCCAUCCCCGGGCCAUCCGGGCGGCCAAGAGUCUGCUGGCUUGCGGAGUGGCUCGGGGAGCUCUGAUUCCCAACUAUGAGGUCAAAGGACAUCGGGAUGUGCAGCAGACGCUCUCUCCAGGCGACCGGCUCUACGAUAUCAUCCAGGAGUGGCCACACUACAGGGAGUGAGGCCCUGACCAUCUCUAUCCCCAGUCAGAAGCCCCUGGCCUUCCCCUCCAAUAAAAGUGCAACUCAAACUGUG